AUGGGCUGGUGGCCAUUCGGAGGUGGCCAGGCGGCCGACCCAAUUAACAAGCUCGACCCAAAACUCCGCGAAUUCCUCGAGAAGGAGUCGCCCGUCAAAUAUCAGCAAAGACCAGACAAGCCUGAAGAGCGAAGCAGCCCUGCAGCGACAGCAACGACGACAGCCCAAGCACCCGAAGAGAACAAGCCGCUGGUGCCGGAAGCCAGUCUAUACCAAGACGGCCGCUAUGCGCACCUCUGGAAGAACUACAAGCCGCAGGCGCAGAUCGAGGCCGAGUCCGCGACCGACCACGAGAGGCUCAUCGGUGUCCUGGAAGGCUACCAGGAUCGCAAGUCGGCCAUCACGCGGGUCGCCAUGGAGAACUGCGCAGAGUUCCAGGAGGCCUGGAUCAAUUGCUUCAAGCAAGGCGAGUGGAAGGACCGGGUGCAGAUGUGCAGGCACCAAGUACGGAAGUUUGAACAAUGCUACACAAUGCAGUCGACGGCUACCCUGGCCAAUUGGAUAGAUGCUGAUAUGACUUGGAUAUCACAGAGGUUUCUCCGAGCUCUUGGAUAUGGGUCGGUGCCAGGCCGAUCUGCCCAGGUAGAGGAGGACAUUCAAAUGCACGCCGAUGCGCUAUACCAGCGCGUAUUAGACCACGAGAAGGCCGUGGAGCAGGCUAGGAUUGACGGCACACCCAUUCCGAAAUUCGACCCCGUCAUUCCCAAAGCAGUUACCAAGACCACGGUCCAGCCAUCGGAGGAGGUCCAGCAGCAAUGGAGGGAGCAGCUGGAGAAGCUACCGGAGGAAGAACGGGCGGUGGAGGAGGCCGCCCUCAGGGUCGACUUGCAGGCCAAGUCGGAGGUUGCCCGCGACAUGAGGCAGAUUUUAGAGUCCCAGAAGAAGGACCAAAAGCAGACCAGGGUCUCGGAUGGCCAAGGGAGCAUCGCCAACACCUUGACUUCUUGGCUUACAGGAGGGAAAUAA